GAGACAGACCUGUGGAGCUAUUUCCUCUUCCUGAAGUCUUCCAGAGUGGCAACCAUCAAAGGAUUCACGGUUAGCUCUACGUUUUUGGAGACCGUAAGAUUCUGCAAGUUUGUGAUGGGCUUCCAUGACUGCGAUGGCGUUCUCUCUUCUAAGAGACUGAUUGGUUUUUCGGCGCUUGAGAAGAAGGAGAGGGGGCCUUUGAAUCAGGCCCCUCCUCUCGAGGUGCAACACUUGUUGAGGCUGCGUGAGAUUCUGGCUAAGGGAUCUAAUGCGAUUGAUCGGAUUGGUGCAGGUGCUUUCCUGGUUUGCGUCUACUCGCUGGCCCGGUGGAGCGACCUCAGGUAUGUGCAUCACAUCAAAUUUGAUGGGUACAAACGUCAGGCAAGACCUCAGCGGUUGGCCUUCGAAGGAGCAGUUCCUGCUUGGCUGGGUUGGGACCUACCUGCGACUUUGUGUGACCAGGGGUUCAACUUUGAAAGGGUUCCUUUCGGACCUUUGCUGCCUGUUCCCAAGGGCGAAAACGAACGGUACUCAAGACCUUUGGGCGCCAAUGAAGGUGCCAACUGGUUGAGCCUACUCCUGGCGGGAGAUCGCAGCAACAUUCGGCUUGGUUUUCACAGUGUUGCGCGAACACCAGUUCUGGACAAGAGCACUCCAGGGACACCUGGCAUCACUGUGGGCAAGUUGGCGCACGAAGUGCCAGCAGCAGAAUCCGCUGGCCCCCACAACGAGGAGCUGGCUCCCUCUUCAACUCAAAGCUCUGCCAGAGAGGUUGGUUCUCAACCUGUCAAGUUGGAGGAGGACGUGCAAGAGGCUUGUGUGGCUGAGUUUGAGAAGUCCGACUUUGCCAGCUUCCGCGCAGGCUUCGUUCAGAUCGAUAGCUCGUCAGGUAGCUCCUCCUGCAGUUCAAAUGACAGCGCAAGUGAUUCUGACAGUGAUGAUCCAGGUGGAAGUGACCCAAAGGGCUUAAUGCCUGCCGCGGCCUCAGCAUUUAGAGAAGUGAUUCCUGAUGGUCUUGAGUUUGCGUUUCGCAAAAAGAGCAAGAUUUUGCGCAAGAAGAAGGUAGGCGUUGACAAUUUGUUUAAAUUGGCCUUUGCAGUAGGCCAACCGGGUCAGCCAUUGGUUGCUGCAGACGUGGAUGCCUUCCUGGCUACCGCAUUAGCUCACGCACCCACGAUCGCGGAAGGUGCAGCAGUUCGUAGAUUAGCUUUUGAGGCCCAGACGCUCCUGAUUGCCAGCCUGCGUCAACUUGUCGAGCAGCGUGAUGACAUGCCAAGUGGCUUUUCAGCGUGCUGA